AUGGGCUCAUCCUCUUCAAAGACUGCAUACUCAGCCAGCAACACAGGCGGGGCAUCAGUUGCUGCGUACGAAUUAUCGAGCGCUCUGACUGAUACCUUGAGCGAGAUCAACCUGAAUGGUAGCUUGAAUGAACAGCUUCGGCAGCUGCUUGAGCGUCUAGAUCAAGAAGCAGCCAAGUAUACCAACUCCAAGGUUAACGAUGACGAAUCAAUAGAAUGGAACCCGUCUCAAUCUGAAGUCCAGCUCAUAUCCGCGGCCUGGAAGUGUGCGCGUGGGACUUAUGAUCUCGAGAGCACCUUGGCUGAUACCAGUUACUGCACGUUUCGCCGUGAUCAAGUAGUCGACAGCUCUUUCGCCGGGACCGUAAAACUCAUCACAUCAACUGUCGUCGAGGCAAAGGCAGGCUCGCCGAUGACUGAUUCAUUACCGGUUCUGGUGCUAGCAAUACGCGGAAGUGCUAGUAAGAUGGACCACAUUGUUAAUGCCAAUGCUCAGCCCAGGACGACUGAAAGUUUUAUUUCAAAGGGAUGCUUAGACGACCUUAAGGCACAUUCUGGCUUUCUAAAUAGUGCACGAGCUCUGGAAUCGAUUGUCACAAAUCUUGUCAACAAGUACCUGGAGUCUUUUGACGAGACGAGUGGGAAGAGACCUCACAUUCUUUUUACGGGGCAUUCCGCCGGCGGAGCUGUAUCACAAUUAUUAUAUCUUCGCCAUAUAUCUAACCAAGAUUUGAACCAGUCAGCGAGGUUUUCGUGUGUCACGUUUGGAGCACCUCCUUGCUUGACCCGGCACGUUGAUCUUGAUAUCUUUCAGCCAAGUAGCGGAACUACAUGCGUCAACGUGAUCAAUGAGUUUGAUGUGGUUACGCGAGCUGACAAACCCUACAUCUUAUCUCUGGUAGAUGUCGCCAGAGCAAUGCUAGACUUGCUACCAAAGGCAGCCAUUUCUGAGCACGAAACAAGCGAGGGGAUAGUCAGCGCUGCUUUAGGAUCUACUAGAGAUGACAAACGCCGUCUUUCAGACGAUUCUGUAGACUUUCCAGUCAAAGAAUCAAACUUUUGGCGCUUUCCUCAGCCUUUCUACCACCAUGUCGGACCACGACUUAUUCUGUUGACGCGCUACGUUGACAAUCAGAUGAGUCUCAAAGCAGUUGAAAUAAGUUCUUCAGAGUUCCAAAAGUUGCUCUUCUGCCGUGUUACUGUUCAUGGCAAGAGGUUCUACGAAGAAAGGAUUGGUGCUUUAGAACAUGGACUUUUCAACAAUCGGUCAGCCUGGAAGCCAGACGGGAGAUUACAAGGAGAAAGUUCUUGA